AUACUAUGAUUUUUAAAUCCAAAUAUCCAGAUUUUGAAAUCCCAAAAAUAGGGAUAUAUCAAUAUGUAACCGCUAAUCCAAAUAAUAUUUCAGAUAAUAAGCCUAUAUUUGUUGAUGGGAUUACCGACGAAAAGGCUACUUUCGGCGAAUUAAAAAGAAACUCGAGAAGAUUCGCUGCUGGAUUACAAGACAAAAUUGGAUUUAAACAUCAUGAUAUAUUGGGAAUCAUCUCUCCUAAUCAUAUUGAUUAUCCAGUUGUUGUUUUUGGCGUGUUUGCGGCUGGCGGAAAAGUAACAACAGUAAAUCCAAAGUGCACAGCAAGUGAUAUCGCAUUUCAAUUAAUCGAUUCGGGUGUUUCGGUUAUAAUUGUACAUCCUGAAUGUCUUAACACUGUCAUUAAAGCCGCUAAAGAAGCUAGAAUUUCCGAAUCAAGGAUUUUUUUGCUUAGCGAUAGAGAAAUUCACGGACAUCAAUCUCAUCGUUCACUUAUCAGUGAUCGUGAAGCAGAUCCUGUUUUGUAUUCGCCGGAGGAAGCUAUGAAUACAACCGCAUUCAUAUGCUAUAGCUCUGGAACUACUGGGAAGCAAAAAGGUGUUGAAAUCACACAUACAAAUGUUAUAGCUAGUAUAACACAAAUUAUCCCAUUCAGUUCUUUUAAAACUCGUAAUGUCUUUAUUGGAGUAUUGCCGUUCUUCCAUAUAUACGGAUUGGUUUUUAUCGUUAAUUUAGUUCCAGUUUUGGGUGCUUCCGCGAUCGUUCUUUCCAGCUUUAAUUUGGAGACAUUUUGUCGCUGUAUUCAAAAAUAUAAAGCUAACUUUAUUUAUGCAGUUCCACCGAUUAUACAUGCAUUAGUCAAAUAUCCCUCUAUCGAGAAUAUGUCAAGUGUGAAAAUUGUAUUUUCUGGUGCAGCCCCCUUAAGUAAAGGAUUGAUCGAUGAUUUUUAUAAUCUUUAUAAAGUACCAAUUCAACAAGGAUAUGGACUUACUGAGUCGACCUCAAUAAUAACGUUAUGUGAGGAAGAGAGAAUUGUCUCAGGUUCUUGUGGAGUCCUUAUUCCGAAUUUACAAAUUAAAAUAUUAUCGGAAGACCAGCAUGAAUUAGGAUAUGAUGAACCUGGCGAAUUAUGUGUUCGUGGACCAAAUAUAAUGAAGGGAUACCUUAAUAAUAAACAAGCUACAGAUGCGACGAUUGAUAAUGAUGGAUUUUUUCACACUGGAGACGUUGCAGUUGUUGAUCGUCAAGGGAAUUUUUUUAUCGUGGAUCGCAUCAAGGAAUUAAUCAAAUACAAGGGAUUCCAAGUGGCACCAGCUGAGCUUGAAUCAGUUUUAUCCACACAUCCGGCAGUAUUGGAUGCAGCGGUGGUGGCAUCCUUUUCUGAAAAAGAUUCAACCGAAUAUCCAAUUGCUUUCAUUGUUCUUAACCCUAAAUACGAAAAAACCUUGAGUAUAUCAAAAGAAAUACAAAAAUAUGUAGAUGAUAAAGUAGCUCCACACAAGAAAUUAAGAGGCGGUGUGAUAUUUGUAGACUCCAUACCAAAAAGCGAAUCAGGCAAAAUUUUGAGAAGAGUUUUAAGGGAUAAAUUAAAGAAUG